AUGGCGGAGGACUGGAGCGCGAGGAAGAGGACAGGUCAGAAGGCUGAGCCCAAGUACGUUUCGGAUGCGACACCUGCAGAUGUCCACAAACACGUCGCCGAGAUGCAGCGGGAGUCGCGUACUCCGGAGGCGCAGGCCUUGGGCAAGCGCCUGGCCGGUUAUGUGAAAAACGAGCAGUUGGUGGUGCGCCCCGGCAUCUUCUGGAACCGCUACACCUAUUACUGGGAGAUGCCCAUUGAGCUCCAGACUCGUCUGUCACGUGAAGCGACGCUGGUGAUCAUCAAUGGCGACCUGAACUACCGUCGUCUGCUGGGUGACCGACUGUGCCUUCUUAAACUCGGAGCUGGACGAAGAGAUUUACCUGGAGCCGGUCGAGGGAUUUGA